UAUACCGACUCCUACUGGAAGACCAGCCUACCUACAGCUGCAAGCAGCUGUUUUCAGUUUCUGACUGCAUUAGUUUAUGAAUGCCCUUCCAGUAGCAUUUUUGCACAUUGAUUUGAUAAAAGGUUGCCUACAUUUUUUUCAUGACUUUAAGCCUAGAACUAUCAGGGUGGUGUUAAAUCACUGAAAUGGUCCCAAACUAUUUAGGCCUUUAUGCUUUAGGAAUUAUUAAAGCACCCACUCCCAUUGCAAGUAAAAAUAGUAAUUAAUCUGGUUCCUUUUGCCAGGGUUGGCUCAAGAUGCACAGUAUAAAGAAGUCAGUCAUGUCAGUCUUGAUCAGAGAACAAUAACGAUGUGAAUACGUUAUGCCUCAUGAAUUGAGAAAGCGCACAUUCUUCACAUAUCAUUUUUUUCAUAAUAUUUUGAGAUCCAUUGCACAACGGCUGACGGAAGGGAAAUUUUGAUUAGUGCAAUACUAAUUAUACAAGACAGAAAUAUGAUAGCCACUGCACCGUAACAGACUGAGACAAACAAGCACCUCCACUCCGAAUAAAAUACUAGGCCUAUCCAUACAUUAGGCCUAUACAAGAUCGAUAGCCAAAGCUAUUUGUGUGAAUAUAUGCUAUAUACAGGCAACCAUUUUCGACCAACAGAUGAGCCGCAUCGCAGCGGAGAUCGGUUGUGGACGUUAGGUGAUUUUUGUGCCAAGCACAGCCUCCGCCAGCCCCACCCUCCCGCCUCAUGUGCUUGCAGGUUUCUGUUCGAUUGUCUGUGCGCGUUGCCGUGCGUGCGCGUCGGUGCGAGCACCCGCAGCAUCAGUAACACAAAGAGGGUCGAAGAGCUGUGGCUGGGAGAUACAAGGCGCGGUGGGCAACUUCAAGACCGAUUUGCGGGCAAACAAGAUCACUUAUAAGAGAGGCGACGACAGGGCAAAUUCCAGCCGUUCAGACGCCUGUUUGGGAAGAGGAAGAAGAAGGCAGCAGAGCAGGACUUCAAUACAGCAGAGCUGAAGGCUAUAGCUUCUCCACAGGGGAAGUGUCUAACGGAGUCAUCUCAGAUGAUGAGGAGACCAAUCAACAUCUGAGGGAGCUGAACCCCAUUGGGUCUCAAGCCCUCUCCCACGACAGUGUGUUUAUCCCAGAAGAAGCAUUACAGGAGCUCAGCCCAGAACAAACCAUGUCCCAGGAAAACGUCCCCGAUAAAGUCAGGAACUUGCAGCGGCAGAUAGCACAGAAUAUCAAGUUUGGCCAGAAGCACCCCUCUCUGAGGAAGAGUGAAGGAGACGAGGGCAGCUCGGAUGAAGAGGAGGUGCCCAAUAGCCCUCUGAGGGUCUUAGCCCAAGUGGAGGCUGAGCCAGUGGACACAGAGCCAAAGGAAGAGAAUGAAAAUGAGGCCGGUGAGAGCCAUGGAGCUCCCCAGGCUGAAGCCCCCAGCUCUCCAGUGAAAUCUUCCAGGUCCAAACAAGUUCUUCCAGCCAUCGGCACCAUUGAGUCCAUCAACCUGGAUGAAGUCUCACAGUCUGUCCCUCGGCUGGACAACACCGCUGCCAAGCAUAAGCUGUCUGUCAAACCCAAAAACCAGAGGAUCUCCCGCAAGCACCACCGGUAUACACAGGAUCUGCAAGAGGUGGAUAUCCCUGGCAUACAGCAGGAGGAGAAAGAUGCAGCAGACAGCCAACACAGGAACGCUGAGGAGGAGACACCCCCAGAGAAAACCAAGAAGCAGAAACUGCAGGAGGAGGAGAGAUGGGAGUCCAGGACAAAGAGAGAACUGGCGGAACAGAGGCACAGAGAGGAAGAGGAAGAUAGGAAGAAGAAAGCAGAGGAGUGGCGGCUGUGUGAGUUAGAGGAGGAGCGAUGUUGCGAACAAGAGGAGGGACGUAUACUUAAAAAGGAGGAGGAAAGGAGGCAGAGAGAGGAUAUGGAGAGGAGGAUGAAAGAAGAAGAGGAGAGGAGGAUGAAAGAAGAAGAGGAGAGGAGGCAGAGAGAGGAUAUGGAGAGGAGGAUGAAAGAAGAAGAGGAGAGGAGGCAGAGAGAGGAGAUGGAGAGGAGGAUGAAAGAAGAAGAGGAGAGGAGGCAGAGAGAGGAGAUGGAGAGGAGGAUGAAAGAAGAAGAGGAGAGGAGGCAGAGAGAGGAGAUGGAGAGGAGGCAGAGAGAGGAGAUGGAGAGGAGGAUGAAAGAAGAAGAGGAGAGGAGGCAGAGAGAGGAGAUGGAGAGGAGGCAGAGAGAGGAGAUGGAGAGGAGGAUGAAAGAAGAAGAGGAAAGGAUAGAGAAAGAAGAAGAAAGAAGGAUGAGAGAGGAUUUGGAGCUUAUGCAACGAGAGGAGAAGGAGAGGACACUGGAGGAAGAGGAGAAAGAGGAAGAGGAAAGGAGUAGGAAAGAAGAAGAGGAGAGGAAGCAGUGUGAACUGGAGGCAGAGCGUCUUCGUGUAGAUGAGGAAAAGAGACUAAAAGAGGCAGAAGAGGAGGAGAGAAUGACAAAGCAGGUGAAGAAAAAGAGAAAACUGCUUGCAGAGGAGGAGAGGAAGAAAAAUGAGGUGGAUGAGGAGGAGAAGAGGCUGUGUGCAGAAGCAGCUGCGAGCAGCUCUGACCCUGAGAGGAAGAGGAGGGCAGAGGAGGUGCGCUGGAGAGAGAUGGAGAAGAGACAGAGGCCGUUCACCGUCAAAGGGUCCUCUGGGGAGAAGCAGAUCCUGUUCCAGAAGGUCAACCUAACGCCUGUUAUACCGGCCUCCAGUCAGCAGGGGAGCGCUGUGACUGAACACAGAGAGAGAGCCAAGGCCUCAUCGCUUGGAGGAGCUGAUUCCCCCACCCUCCUGUCCUCUCAGUAUGUCUGCCACACAGCCAUCCUGGUGACAGGUGCCCAGCUAUGUGGGACCGCUGUCAACCUGGACCAUAUCAACGAAAUCGCUUGUAAGUCUCUCCUGGGUCUGGCAGAUGAAAAGAAAGCUGCCAUGGGAACCCCACCACCAACCAAGAGCAAGACCCCACCAGUAUGUAAGUCUGGAAAAACCAAAUCCCUCAGUGAGUCCACAGACCAGUCCAGUGCAGCCGUUCUUGCAGAGUGGGCCAGUAUCCGCUGCAAGAUAUUUAAAGGGGCAGAGGAGGGGAAGUAUGAGGAAUACCCAGACCCCCAUAGCCAAAGCCGACCCAGCAGUGAGGACCAGAGUCCGUUCUCCCAUACCAACCUCAGGAAGACCAUGUCCGCCAGCGCCAAGUUCUCCAUCACUCCGGCCAGGAAGAUGUUUGCCGACUCCAGCAGGAACUCUGAGGUGUUGAAUCCGGAAGAGAAGGCAGGAGGAAGCCCAGCCUCUGCUCUCUCCAACACCUCCUCCAGCACCUCUGUUCCCUCUGCAGCCUCACCAGCCCCAGGCAGCAAAGCCCAGAGCAGGGGUGGUAAGACCGUCCGGAUCGCAGACAGAAAAGGGGAGUGCAUGUUUGCCAAAGACCUCCCAUCGUUCAUAGUCCCCAGGUCUUCUCAGUGGUCCCCCAGACCUGAGGGGUCAGUGACAGACGCUGUGAGCCUGGGAGGAGAAUCAGAGGACUCUGACGGCCGGGAGGAAGGGAGGGAGCAGGGCCAGCCCUCUCCGUUUGGGAUCAAGCUGAGGAGGACCAACUACUCCCUCCGCUUCCACAGUGAUCAGUCGACUGACAAGAGGAAGAAGAGGUACAGCGCCGGUGACAGCUUCAACGGUGUUCCCUCACCUCUGACCCCCAUUGACCCUGACUCUGACACCUCAGUUUUCUCUGAUAGAUCCAGCCCUGCGUCUCCAUUCAGAGAGAGCAUACCCGGGGUAAAGCCUGGACAUAUGGUUGUAUCUCUUCCAAAGCCCCGGGCCAAAGCAGGCAAGUCUCCCACGCCUUCCAUGCACAGCGAGGAGGAGAAGCCUUCCAAACCCUCACUCUACCAAAGACCGAGCACAUCCCCUAAACCUGCUACCCCUCCCCCCUCUCCACUCCCCAAGGUGGGCAGAGGGGGUUCAAGCGAUGCAGUGGUCCAGAGGACGAGGGUGGGGGCUGAUUCAGCUGGCCAUGAGGAGCAAGAUGAGAGGAGGGAAGAAACCUCAGCUGUGGCCCAGCUCCACAGGAACGGCCAGGGACAGGGCCAGGGGGGUCAGAGGGAGGAGGAGCCCAAGGAGAAGAGGUCCUUCUUCCCCUCCAUCAGUAUGCCCUGGAGGGAGAAGGCUGACAGGAAAACGGAGCUCAUCAGGAAAGAGGGGAAGCCAUCGCUGCAGAGCAAGCACUCGUUAGACAGCGUACGGGUCCAGGACAAGGAGGCGGGGCCUCCGUGGAUCACUCUGGCGCUGCAGAAACAAAAGGGCUUCAAAGAGCACCAGCAGAGCCGAGACGAGCGCCGCAGCAAUAGAGAGGCCAAACUGCCUGAGAAACAGGCCAAGGACAAAGACAGCUGUGUGUUGGUUAGUCCUUCAGAAGGUAAGGGGAGUGGAAACACCAACCCUCCCAAAUCACAGACACCGGAGGAGGCCAAGAGACCAGACACCCUCCUGGGCUGCUUUGAGCGCCGGGACCACCUGAAGAAAGCCAACACUCUGCCCAGCACAGUCACAGUUGAGAUUGCAGACUCCACACCAUCGCCCCCUGCAGUGAAGGAGGUGACCAAGCGCUUCCCGUCCACUGACUCUCCCCAGGUGUCCACUGAGCCGGCCUGGUUAGCUCUGGCCAAGCGCAAGGCCAAGGCCUGGAGUGACUGCCCUCAGAUCAUCAAAUAACCUCCUCUCUAACCUCUACACUGCAUCAGUACUGUACACACACUGCCCAUGAACUAUGACCCCUGUCCCAAACCCUCCCGACCUCUCCUCUCUGCCCCUGAUCUGCCCCUGCACUCUAACCUCAACCCAAGCCUCCCCCUAUUUCACCAUAACCAUGUACUUGUAUGAUUAAAAGUGUGUUUCACAUUCAUAAUAUAAACACAGUCACACAUUUACAAACACGAACACUCAGUACAAGCAUGCACUUAUACAAACACCUGAAAACACAAAGUUUAAGAUUACCUGGCUGUAUGUUAUCAACUAUAUAAUAUCUUCCAACAAGUCAAAAGAUCCUACUGUAGCCAAUCAUGGCCACUGCUGGCCUUUGAAAUAGCCAAUCCCAACCCUUACUUCCCAACAGUAGCCAAUCAAAGCACCACGGCUGUAAAUAGAUCAUGCACUUAACAUAAUACAAGAAAAAAAAGCUUAUGUAUUGAAAAGAUCAAUCCCACAGGUCUGAAAAGGGAUAUAGAUUCUUCAUUCAAGGGUACUUUGGGAACAGUGUUUUAAGGGCUACCAGUAACCAAUAAACCAACAUGACAUAUGAUCACCCAGUUGUAUCACCCUUAGAACCACAAUAUUUAUGUUACCUUAUCUCGUGGGUAUUAUUUCAAGCACUGAUUUUAACAGUGAUAAAACAAUAUAUUUGUAAUCUCUGAGCCUUGUCUGCGUUGUACAAAAGCUUUUUUUUUAUUUUUUACUUGUAUUCAAAAGCAGUACUUAGUAUAACUAUUCUCACUGUGCCCGUGAUGACUGUGACAGCUGUCUAAGAUACUAUAUUGCAGAAAAAAAAGAGAAAAAAAAUCCCUUAACAAAGUUGUUUGAAAAUCACCGCAGUUUGUAAAAUAACACUAAAAUCUGUCAGAAUCAAAUGUCAACUGCACUGAAACACAGCACUAAAGACCAAGGUUCAAGUGGUUGAAUUGCACAGUAUUCUCACCAUUCUAAUGUGUCAUGGAUUUUGCUUUGCUAUGGAAAGAGACUACCUGCCUGCUGUAACAUCCCAUGUGCUCAAGUCACUGCUAAUGUGAUGAUCCAUAAGGCCUUUACAUGGUCCUCCAGCAUUUGGAAAGUCACAUUCUCUGAAUCCCAUCAUUGGACAAGUUAAACUCUAUCACAUCCUCUUAAUUUACCUCAAUGUGAUUUGAACCAAUCAGCCCUGCUGUGAGAACCUCUGCUGGGCUGUCUGUUGGUGACUGACAGCGUAUGGAUAUUUCUUCCAUCAUUAUCUUCCUCUCACUACUCAAUGUAAUGAUCUGUAUGUAUGGAUGUAAGUAUGGAUGUAUGUUAGAGGUGGUUUUACCAGGACAUUGGUCAGAAAAAAGCCUGUAAGGCAUUUUCAUUUGGUCGUGUGCAAUAGUGUAGUAUACAAAGUGUUGUAUGUAAAAAUAAUUGGGGUAAUAAUUGCACUUUUUUGUCCCACUUAAAAAAGGUAUUCAUGAGAACAUCUUUAAAGUGAUGCAAAUGUUAUGAAUUAUAAAUUAAAUACUGAUG